UUGUUCAGUAUUUCAACAGCUGCUCUUACUGUUUUGCUCGCAUUCUACGAGGAACUCCCAGCUGACAACAACCUUAAAAAUAAAAUUAAGUUUAUUCAAAAUGUGCAUUUUCACCGAUUGUUUAUUGAGCCCCGUAAUACUGUGGCCAGCUAUCAUCGGCGUGACUAUCUACCUGUUGAAGGAAUACAUGCAGGGCGGCCAGUUCACAAAGGACACAGAUGAAAGCGGAAAGGUGUUCAUUGUCACGGGAGCCAACACGGGAAUCGGCAAGGAGACGGCUCUGGAGUUCGCCAGACGAGGGGGCACCGUGUACAUGGCUUGCAGGGAUAUGAACAGAUGCGAUAGGGCCCGUAAGGAAAUCAUCAAGGAGACGAACAAUCAGAAUGUAUUCUCCCGAGAACUUGAUUUGAGUUCCCUGGAGUCCGUUCGUCAAUUCGUGGCUGGCUUCAAGAAAGAGCAGGACAAGCUCCAUGUCCUGGUCAACAAUGCUGGCGUGAUGCGCUGCCCCAAGAUGUUAACCAAGGACGGUUUCGAAAUGCAGUUGGGUGUGAACCACAUCGGCCACUUCUUGCUGACCAACUUGUUGCUCGAUGUGCUAAAGAAAUCGGCUCCUAGUCGUGUUGUCGUCCUGUCCAGCCUGGCCCAUACACGAGGUGCCAUUAACUUGGCCGACCUGAAUAGCGAAAAAUCCUAUGACGAGGGCCUGGCCUACAGCCAGAGCAAGUUGGCCAACGUGCUGUUUACCCGAGAAUUGGCCAAGCGCUUGGAGGGAAGUGGCGUCACGGUCAACUCCCUGCAUCCUGGUGUUGUGGACACGGAGCUGGCGCGGAACUGGGCCUUCUUCCAGACCAACUUGGUGAAAUAUCUUAUCAAGCCAAUGAUUUGGCCGCUUCUGAAGACACCUAAAAGUGGAGCACAGACCUCCAUCUAUGCAGCCCUGGAUCCGGAUCUGCAGAAGGUCAGUGGCUUGUACUUCAGCGACUGCAAGCCCAAGGACGUCGCUCCUGCAGCCUUGGAUGAUGCUGUUGGAAAGUUCCUGUGGACUGAGAGUGAGAAAUUCACGGGCUUGGAUAAACCCACAGUACCAGCCAAAAAAGAAGCUGAUAAAGCUUAACCGAAAGUUAAAAAUGUGACUACUGAAUUCGAAGAAAAUGUCAAUAUCAACCAAAGCGAAAACUCUGCAAACCGAGAACGUGCCUCCUGUAAAGUAUUUAACGUCCGAGCAAUGCACUGUAGAUUGUAAAUGUAAAGAAGAUUGAGCAGGGUUAGAACAAGCGGUUUAUUUAAUUGUAAUACUAGCAGUUUUUUUUCACGAAUAGGUUAAUUUAAUAAAUACAUAACUUCCCAGCUUUCAUAAA